UCUCUCUGUUCCGCCUUCUUCAAUACCGGCGAGUGGACUCGUGGACACGACUCGUUGCCUUCCUCACUCCAUUUCUCUUCGGAUCAAAUCAAUUUGCAAGGCAAAGGUUUUUACAGCAUAGCGAGCAGUUGCCCAAACCCUACAUUAACUAUUAGGAACUUUCUCUCUCCUCUGAUAGUGAUCCGCACCAAUUUUCAGCUUCAAGGGCCUCCUAGUAUAUGUGUGCUAAUUUGUUGCUUGAUUCUCUAGGGUAUCGCUAUAUUUUCUUGUCUUUUUGUAGUUAUAGUUUCUGAUUCCUGACUGAGUUCAAAGGGGGCAUGAAGCAAGAAUUGGAAUCGGAGAUUGCUCUCGAUAUUCACUCUCUGAAUCAAUGUGAUGAAGUCGUUCCUACUCAUCCUUCUGAAAUUGACGCUGGUUUAGAGUCUCAGUUGAUGUUUUCUGUUGAAGUUUCUGAGAAUCCCGGGGGUAUAGUUAAGAGUUCUGUUGCAAAUGGUUAUAUUGUUUAUACUCGAAUGAAGAAGUCUCGGCAUUUGUGCAAUGGGUCUUCUGAGAACGGGUCACUUAAGAGACUCAAGACCUCUGAAGAUCGGGACUCAAAUGCAGACCUUCCAGCUGUCGGUGGCGGAGAUGAUGUAGGGGUAAAUAAUGUAGAAAAAAAUUUCGAAUCUGAGGUUGUUUGCCAUUUGGAAAAGGGUAUUAGGUGUACUGAAUGGAAGAACGAGCCCGCGCAGUUUCUUGCUGGGGAAGGUGGCUCCAAUAAGGCUCCUGCUGAGCUUUUUAACAACAGUGAGGUACAGAAAAAUGUAAAUAUAACAGUGAAGCGGUUUACGCGAUCAGCAUUGAAGCCAAAGGUUGAAUGCAGUGAUGAGACGGCUACCGCUCCAGAAGCUGCGCAGACAGCAAAUAAUAGACCAGAUGAGAAAGAGACUGCUGCUUUAAGUGCAUCAACGCCGCGAAGUAAGCUGGAACUAAAAAUGUCCAAGAAGAUCGUGCUCAGCAAGAAGCCUAUGACUGUCAAGGAACUCUUUGAUACUGGUUUACUGGAUGGGGUUUCAGUAGUUUAUAUGGGCGGCAAGGCUUCUGGCCUGCGUGGUGUUAUUGCCGAUGGAGGGAUCUUGUGCUCUUGUUGUCUGUGCAAUGGGCGCAAGGUUAUUCCGCCUUCCCAAUUCGAGAUUCAUGCUUGCAAAUCAUAUAGGCGAGCAGCACAGUACAUUUGCUUUGAAAACGGAAAGAGCCUGCUUGAAUUAUUGAGAGCAUGCAGAGGAACUCCGCUGCAUACAUUGGAGACGACCAUUCAAAAUUUUGUUUGUUCUCUACCUCAAGAGAAAUAUUAUACAUGUAAAAGGUGCAAAGGAUGUUUUCCCUCUUCACGAGUGGAGAAAGUAGGGGCUAUCUGUAAAACUUGUGUGGAAUCAAAGAAAUCUGGAGACAGUUUUAGUGACACGGUUGGCAUAAGAGUCAGGUCUCCAAGAGCAGUUCCAGCCUCCAAACCGUUGACUGAUACUGAGCUGUGUAACUCGUCACAAAUUAACAAACAUUGGAAGAAAAGAACAAGAACAACAAAUCGGGUUAGCAGCUCAAAGUCUUCUGAGACUGCUUCUUUGUCUGUCCUGUCACGAAAGAAGUCUCCACAGAGGUUGAAGAAGAAGUCAACAAAAAUUUCAGUAAAACUGGAGACCCCACUAAUUUCGUCAGACUCAAAGUGUUUAUCUUCACAAGAUAAGACUCAAUGGAAGAUCACUAAAAAGGAUCAGCGGUUACAUAAAUUAGUUUUUGAAGAAGGUGGAUUGCCUGAUGGAACAGAAGUAGCUUAUUAUGGACGUGGACAGAAAUUGCUUGAGGGUUACAAAAAGGGCUUUGGAAUAUUUUGUCGGUGCUGCAACACAGAGGUCAGCCCAUCACAAUUUGAGGUCCAUGCAGGCUGGGCUUCUCGCAGGAAACCUUAUGCAUACAUCUACACUUCAAAUGGGGUGUCUCUCCAUGAAUUAGCAAUUUCUCUUUCCAAAGGCCGCAAGUACUCUGCAAAGGACAAUGAUGAUCUUUGCAUUAUUUGCUGGGAUGGUGGAAAUCUGUUGCUUUGUGAUGGAUGCCCAAGGGCAUUUCAUAAAGAAUGCGCAUCUCUAUCAAGCAUUCCACGCGGUGACUGGUACUGUAAGUUUUGCCAAAACAUGUUCCAGAGGGAAAGAUUUGUAGCGCACAAUGCCAAUGCUGUGGCUGCUGGGAGGGUUGAUGGGGUUGAUCCUAUUGAACAGAUAACCAAGAGAUGCAUUCGCAUUGUCAAAGACAUUGAAGCUGAGCUGAGCGGCUGUGCUUUAUGCGGGGGUUAUGACUUCAGCAAGUCAGGAUUUGGUCCUCGCACUAUCAUACUAUGCGACCAGUGUGAAAAGGAAUAUCAUGUAGGCUGUUUGAGGGAUCAUAAGAUGGCAUAUUUGAAGGAAUUGCCAGAAGGAAAUUGGUUUUGUUGCACUGAUUGCAACAGAAUACAUUCUACUUUGCAGAAGUUCUUGGUUAGGGGGGCUGAGAAACUUCCUGACUCUCUCGUGAAUGUUAUAAAGACAAAGCAAGAGGAAAAAGGUUUGCAGCCUUUUAAUGACAUUGAUGUAAGAUGGAGGCUUCUUAAUGGCAAAAUUGCUUCUCCUGAAACCAGGCCAUUGCUAUUAGAGGCUGUUUCAAUCUUUCAUGAAUGCUUUGAUCCUAUAGUUGAUUCAACUAGUGGACGUGACCUUAUCCCAGCCAUGGUUUAUGGAAGGAAUGUGCGGAGUCAAGAGUAUGGAGGAAUGUAUUGUGCAAUAUUAUCGGUCAAUUCAACUGUUGUAUCAGCUGGCAUGCUUCGAAUUUUUGGUAAAGAUGUGGCUGAACUUCCUUUAGUUGCAACAAGCAAUGGUAAUCAUGGAAAGGGCUAUUUCCAAUUACUCUUCACCUGCAUUCAGAGACUGCUGGCAUUGUUGACCGUAAAGAAGCUUGUGCUACCAGCUGCUGAGGAAGCAGAAUCCAUAUGGACAGAUAAAUUUGGGUUCCACAAGAUGAAACCAGAGCAGAUUAGCGACUGUAGAAGGAACUACAGUCAGAUUUUGACAUUCCAAGGGACAUCCAUGCUUCAAAAAAUGGUUCCGCCCUGUCAAGUCUUGAACGUGAAAGAGGAAAACUCUUAGUUCUUCUGUUUUGUUUCCUUGUCUUCAUCCUGGUCAUGUAUAUAACUUUCUUUGAAGGCAUUCUGGAACCCGGUCCCAUCCAAGUGUCCAUGGUCAAUUGUUUAAUCAGUUAUAAUGUCAUUUUCCCAUUCUAAUUU